CGGUAGGUAAUACAAGGAUGAAUCUGUCAGAUGAAAGAUAAAUCAUAGAGAUAAGGGCAAACAUUUUUUUCCAUCCUCUAAGGGGUUGUUUUGUGACUUGGUAACCUUGACAUCGUUAAGCGAAGACAAAUCAGUCAGCCUGAUGUAAACAAAAAUUACAACACUCAUCACUAAGGAAAAUGGAGAUCGAGCAAAAUAUAUUAUUGGAAAAACUAAAGACUUAUGGGGUGGGACGUCGUAAGUUAGAUGAUGAUUUAUUCGCUAACGAAAAACCACCACCUCGUUUGGGUAUUUAUGAUGUGGACGAAGAAAGUUUGUGUCAUGAUGUAAUAAAAACAACCUGUCACGUCCCCGGUUGCAAAUUUACAGCCGAGUCAAUAUUGGAGUUCGAAAAUCACUACAAUGCCUCACACAGAUACUCAUGCAGCCAAUGCAAGAAAGUGUUACCUUCUCCACACUUAUUGGACUUGCAUAUACAAGAGAAACACGAUUCAUUUUUUGCUGUGAUGGCUGCCAAGAAACCUUCGUUUUGCUGUUACAUUGAAGAAUGUAAAGACAAAUUCUUAAAUGGAGAUGAACGAUUGGAGCAUUGCGUAAAAGUACACAAACUACCAAAAGACUUUAGAUUCGGCCAAAAACCAAAAUACCCAAAAGUAAAACAAAAUAAAGGGAAGAAAAAAGAACAACGUGAAGAAGAAAUGGAGUUAGAUAGUCAAGUUAAGGGAAAGAAAUUUACUUUUUCUAAUAGUAGGCAAAAGGGAUUUACUAAAUAUACCGGUAAAAAAUUCACAAAAGAUGACAAAGAAGGUACUUCUCAGGAUGUUAACAUGGAUGUAAUAGUGGAUGAUCUAAAAAACAGUUUACCGGAAUAAAUAAAUGAGAUGCUAACCCUAAAAUAAAUAUUGUGAUAUGUACACCUCGAAAUAAAGAUUUAUUCUCGUCAAUUACAAUGGGAAAAGCGCUAAACGCCUAAUUUUAAUACAUGCUUCAGGCCCAAGCAAAUGCCUUACCUGCCCUCACUUGUGUAUGAAAAACAUUUUGUGAGAUACCCUACGGUUAUAUUAGAAUAUAUAGCGCUAAAUUUGAAUUUUUUAUAACGCACACAGUCA